AUGAUUCCGGCCAAGAUGUCGGCGACACGCGUCGCUUCCUUGCGGUCCCAGGUACUGACUAUCAGACCAUCCCGCCGGUUGUCUCCUCACGCCGGAUCAUACUCGACCAUCUCAUCUCAAUCAUCCAUGCUCUCCGCCCAGAGCCACCGAGCCAUCCUCCAAUCCCGCUCUCACCCCGUCUCCCAACUUGUCUCGCCUUUCGCCGUUCUACCUCUAACCCGGUCUUUCCACGUCGCAACUUCUCUUCGGCAACAGCAGCAACAGCAAAAGCAGCAGGAAGGGAAGCAAGGUGAGGAAUCUAAGUCCGAAUCGCAGGGCGAGGAGUCCAAGGAAGAACCCAAGGAAAAGCAAGAAGAGAAAGCUCCACCACCACCCCAUGGAGACAAAUCCCCUUGGCAAGUCUUCCGUGAGACUCUGCAAACCGAGUUUAAGGCUUCCAAGGAAUGGGAAGAAUCUACCAAAGCGCUGGCAUCCUCGGCUCACCAGUUUUCUGAGAACGAGAAUGUCAGACGUGCGCGCGCUGCCUACGAGGCGGCAUCUAGCGCUACUACCUCCAAAACCUCCACAGCCUUCAAGACCACCGGGCAAGCCAUUGGAAAGGGAGCCGCUUGGACAUGGAACACUAGCGUGGUCAAGGGUGUUCGCAAGGGUGUCAACGCAACCGGAGAGGGCCUGGAGAAGGCCACCCGACCAGUUCGGGAGACCGAAGCAUACAAGAGCGUGAAGGACGCCAUUGAUGAUGGCAGCAGCUCCCGCUACGGUGGCUGGGUCGAAAAGGAGGAGCGUCGCAAACAGCGACAGCGUCGUGAAGAGCAGGAUAUCAAGGAUGGAAAGUCCCAUCGCGUGGAGGAGCGAGUUGAGGAUCCCAACGCCGGUACCAAUGUCACUCUCCACAAAGACUCCGCCUGGAAAGAUUCCUGGAGAGACUUCAAGGACUCCAACCCCGUGAUGCAGAAGCUCUUUACAAUCAAGGAAAACUACAACGAGUCGGAGAAUCCCCUCAUCAGCACAGCGCGCAGCAUUUCCGAUCGGGUUGCCGGCUUCUUCGCAGAGAAUGAGACGGCUCAGGUCAUCAAGAAGUUCCGAGAGAUUGAUCCUAACUUCCAGAUGGAGCCUUUCUUGCGUGAAAUGCGCGACUACAUGCUACCGGAAGUCCUCGAUGCUUAUGUCAAGGGCGAUGUCGAGACACUUAAGCUGUGGCUUUCGGAUGCCCAGUUCCACGUCUAUGCCGCCCUUGCGAAGCAAUACACCACUGCCGGUCUGAAGUCGGACGGUCGUAUUCUGGACAUCCGUGGCGUGGACAUCUCUCACGCCCGUAUCUUGGACCCCGGCGAUAUUCCAGUAUUUGUCGUCACCUGCCGGACACAGGAGAUCCACGUUUACCGCAAAGUGAAGACCGGUGAAUUGGCCGCUGGUACAGAUGACAAAGUGCAGCUGGUCACCUAUGCUAUCGGAUUGACUCGCAUCCCCGACGAAGUCAACAACCCCGAAACCCGGGGCUGGAGAUUGAUCGAACUGCAGAAGGCUGCCCGUGACUACAUCUAA